UCAUUUCCUUUCAACUUUCAACCCUUUUACCUUUACUUCUUUUCUCCUCCUUAAAAUCCCACCAACCAUCUGGAGUUUUCUUGGAGAAAUUCAUGUUUUCAACUUGUUUCUAAGUUUUAACCUGCUUUGUCUCACUCAUCUUUCAUCCUUGUCCAUUACAUUGUUCUUUAGAACAACGUAGUCAAUUUACUUCUCUUGUCUGCUUGAAGUUGUCGUUUUCGUCAAGAAUUUGGUUGUUUGUUUGAUGAGCUCCAUGGAUGAAACGCAAGUAGUUUUAGAUUGUGUAGGUGGGCCUGGUACAGAGAGCUUCCAAGAAUCGGAAAUGGCGAAAAUAGAGACAAAAUCCGAUCAUGUUAGAGCUGAAGUCGACACGUCGGCCCCGUUCGAAUCUGUGAAGGAAGCGGUGUUUCGUUUCGGUGGAGUCGGCUACUGGAAACCAUCUAACAAACCCUUCGAACAAGAGCAACAUGAAGCGGAAGAAAUUAGCAUUGAAAAGCUGGAGGAGCAGGCAUCUCAGCUGGAAAAUGAUCUGAUUUUGAAGCAGAAGGAGACUCUGGAUAUUUUACAAGAACUCGAAUCGACGAGAGCUUUUGUUGAAGAUUUGAAAAUGGAGCUGCGGAAGGAGGUAUCUGGAAUGAGUAGUAUUAACACAAAUGUUGCAGCUGAGGAAGAAGAUGAUGAUAAGGAAAACAAUGGCCGUCCCAAAGCUCAGAGACUGAAAUUUGUGAAAGGUUUCGAGCAGGCUCAGCGUAACCUUAGCAGAACUACAAAUGGGAUUUCUGAAAUUCGGGCUUCAAUGAAGGUAUUUAACAAGAAAUUAGAGAAAGAGAGAGUUUCGUUGGAGAAAACUCGGGAGAGAUUGAGGCAGAAUUCUUUGGAAAUGUCAUCAGUUGAAGAAAGGCUGAAUCAAACGAGGGAAAAGCUGCAAGUUGCAAAGGAUGCUAACAUGGAGGAACAUGGUGCUGAAAUUCUCAAGGAGCUGCAUAUUUUAAAUUCGGAGGCUGAGAAGUUUAAACAAAUGGGGGAAGCUGCAAAGUCCGAAAUUUUGAGGACAAUAUCAAAGAUUGAGAGAAGAAAGGGUAAGAUAAGAACGGCUGAAAUUAGAUUGGCAGCGGCUGCAAAAAUGAAGGAAGCAGCUAUUGCAUUGGCAGAUGCGAAGGUGUUAACAAACCAGGAGCUUGAGAACGGGAAUGAGUCAAAAAUGAAAAUCUUGAAGCAGGUCAAAGAAGCAACAGAAGAGAUCAAAAGCACAAAAUUAGCAUUGGAAGAAGUUCUAAACAGUAUGGAGAGUGCAAAGAGGGAAGAAGUUGCAGCAGUGGAGAAAUGGGGAUGGGAGCACGGUAAGAAGAUGGAGUAUUGUCCAAUUGCUGUGAGUGGACCCACCCCUGUUCUGAAGCCAACUCUUUCAAUAGGACAGAUACUGAGUAGGAAGCUGUUUCUCCAGGAAGAACUGAUGUCUGGGAUCGCACCGGAGAAGCGAUUCUUGAAGCAGCAAAAGGUAUCGCUGGCGCAGAUGCUCGGCAAACAAAAUCGGGAUAUGCCAAAUUGUGUUAAGGUUGAACGAUGGAGCAGUGAUCAGAAACACUCUAACAAAAAGCGAAAGAAAUCGGGAUUCGUUGCACGGUUCCCUUCAUUCUUGGCAAAGCAGAAUGAUAAUCAGAAGAGAAAGAAACCAACCCCCAAUCUCAAAUGAUGUGUUGUGUAAGCUUAAGUUGAGCUGCUGUGUGCUUGUAUGCAUCUAACAUUGUGAUCCCACUACUGACUCCAGCUUGUGAACCUUCCUUUAGUUUCUGUUAGAAUUAUGUAUUUAUGAUUCAUUGGGGAUUCUUCCUCCAAAUUCUUUUGUUUUAUUAUGAAUGAAUAGUGUGAAGUUUUUCUAAAGAUUUGCCUA